AUGGCUGAUGUGAACAAAAGUCCAAAAUCAGCCCUUUUACAGCUGUCUGACCACCUGAUGGAGGGUUAUAAAAAGGGGGUGAGACCAGUGCAAGAUUGGAGACAGACCACUACCGUUUAUAUAGAUGUCAUGGUAUAUGCAAUUCUUGGAGUGGAUGAAAAGAACCAAGUGCUAACAACCUACAUUUGGUACAGACAGUUUUGGGUGGAUGAAUUUCUUACCUGGGAUCCUAAAGAGUUUGAAAAUGUCUCCCAAAUUUCUAUUCCAACAGAGAAGAUCUGGGUACCAGAUAUACUUAUUAAUGAGUUUGUGGAUGUAGGAAAAUCCCCAGAUAUCCCCUACGUUUAUGUGAACCAUGAAGGAAGAGUACAAAACUACAAGCCCAUCCAAGUAGUGACAGCCUGCAGCCUUAAUAUCUACAACUUCCCUUUUGAUGUACAGAAUUGCUCUCUCACUUUCACAAGCUGGCUGCACACAAUAAAGGACAUCAACGUAUCACUUUGGAGAACACCAGAAGCAGUAAAAGAGGACAAGAGUGUCUUCAUGAACAAGGGAGAGUGGGAACUGCUCAGUGUAUUGUCCCAGUACAGAAAAUUUGUGGAAAAUGAAGAUAGUUUUGCAGAGAUGAAAUUCCAUGUAGUUAUCAAAAGAAGACCCCUAUUCUAUGCUGUAAAUUUGCUUUUGCCAAGUAUGUUUCUCAUGGUCAUGGAUAUCAUUGGAUUCUACUUGCCUCCAGACAGUGGGGAGAGAGUGUCAUUUAAGAUUACCCUCCUAUUGGGUUACUCUGUCUUCCUCAUCAUUGUAUCAGAUACAUUGCCUGCCACAGCCAUAGGAACUCCAUUAAUAGGAGUAUAUUUUGUGGUCUGCAUGGCUCUGCUUGUAAUUAGCCUGACGGAGACGAUACUAAUAGUCCGCUUGGUUCAUAAGCAAGACCUUCAGCCUCAUGUUCCUGAAUGGUUGAGAAGAUUGGUUCUAGAGAAGAUAACCGUUAUACUCUGUAUUCGUGACAAAAAGAAGUUUGCUGCUGUUCGUGUCCACAGCUCAGAUAUUUCCCAUCAGAUGGAGAACAACAGCACUGCAAAACUUGCUCAUUACAGCACAGAAUAUCCUAAGGAUUAUGAAAGAUCAGUUGGGGUGGUUGUGCCCUCAAAAGAGAAUUCUUUGGUGGUGGACAACAUCCUCCAUGAAAUUGCAUCCAUCAGACAGUACUUGGAGAAGAGAGAUCAAUGUCGUGAUAUCGCCAGAGAGUGGUUGCAGGUUGGCUAUGUCCUUGACAUUCUUCUGUUCCGGAUAUAUCUAGUAGCAGUUUUGGCAUACACAGUAACCUUGGCAACCAUGUGGUCCUACUGGCAACAGGCGUAAACCGUGACUGAUAAAUCGGCUGAGCUAAAUUAAAAGAAAAUUCUCCAGUUCAUCUACUUCUUAAAGGCCCCUCUAUUUUGUGCAACCUGAAACAGAUACUGUCUAUAGCAACAUCAGUAUCUUAGAGUUUGGUCUUUAAGAAGAAAUGUGUCUCCUCUG